CCAGACAUUAUCAAGCACGGCGCGGACGUUCUGUACGACAGCCCCCUCAAGGUAAAUAUCUCACCGUUAUGCUGCUAGACCAUGUUCCGGCUGUUUCCAUACACUUUGUUCUCGUCCCGCCCUUUUCCGUAUUCGUGUGGUGGAUCUGCUAGACUGAGUGCUAAUCAACUUUCAUUUCAUUCUACAGACAACCCUCAAAAUGCCCAGCAGCAAAGUUAAGGCCUACGAGCUCCAGUCCAAGUCGAAGAAUGACUUGACCAAGCAACUCAAUGAACUUAAGACCGAGCUUCUUUCGCUGCGUGUACAGAAGAUUCUCGGUGGCUCGGCCUCAAAACUCACCAGGAUCAAUGUUGUGCGCAAGUCGAUCGCACGGGUGUUGACUGUGAUGAACCAGAAGCAACGCCAAAACCUGCGGGAGUUCUACAAGAACAAGAAAUUCCUCCCUCUUGAUCUCCGGCCAAAGAAGACGCGUGCGAUCAGACGACGACUGACCAAGCACGAGGCAUCAUUGAAGACGCUCAAGCAAAAGAAGAAGGACAUACACUUCCCUAUUCGCAAGUAUGCCGUCAAGGCAUGAGCGUGAAUGUGUUGUUGGCUGGGUGUGAGAGGGCCCGUCAUGCUGGAGAUUUUCUGUUUUUGCAUUUUCAUAUUUGUAUGCCCUACGCCUUGAUCAACUCAACAUGCACGCUAUGCCAUGACACCGUUCAUUGGAAGUUGAUCCAGUACACUUUUUUGAAUCUUUGUGGGGCAAGUGGACCAAUCGUGACUUGAACAUUGUAUGAUCAGUACCACGCCCGAGUCCCAGUGUG